CACAUUUUAUUCAUCAAUCGGAUUAAAUAACAGAAAUACAAAGUUAAACUCAUUGAAACUAAUCACUAUUUCUAAACUUAUUGAAUGAAUGAAUAACCGAUGGUUAAUUGACGUAUCUCAUAUUUGGGCUAGUACACAUAUAUAUAUAUUUAUAUAUUGCUUCAUUUUAUCCUGAUGUAGUAAAUUAAUGAUAAUGAUGAAAGAAAAAUGAAUAUUGUGUUAUGGACAUAAACUUGUCAACACAAUAAUAAUGACUGUCUAUUGUCAAAAUCAUCAUAUUACAUAUAUUGAAUUGAUAAGUAUUUUUUGUUUAAAUUUACAAACGUAAUAAUAAAAAUAGUAAUAAUAUACUCUUAUCUCAAAUAGUAUAUUGAGAAAUAUAUGCGAAUUAACAUAGUUUGAAUAGUCAACUUACCCAUAGACACAUAGAGUAUUCAUAAUGAAAUAUGGAUUAUUUCAAAUUAAGAAUAAUUAUGAAUUAACAGUGAAAGUUAUAUAUCAACUACUAUAUUCAUUACUGUAAAUAUUAUUCUUCUAUUUGGCUUUAUUUUUUCUUCUUUGUAUGAUCAUUAUUGAUAUCAGUAAAACAAAAAGAUCAUAAGAAAACAAAAAUGGAUUUUUAUUGUUAUAUGUUAUAUACUACCAUUGUCUUUCAAUUUCUUAUAUUAAAUCAUUCUAACUAUGUGAAUGGACAAUAUACUAUGGAAUAUUUUAUUACUGAAGAAUGUCCACCAAAUACAUUAGUUGGAAAUUUAAAUAAUAUACCAUAUAAUUCAAUGAGUCAAUCAUAUUCAUUUAGUACUUUUCAACUUUUAUCAAAUAAUGUAAAUUUUUAUUUGAAUGAAUCUACUGGAUUAUUGUAUACACGUGGUCGAAUCGAUCGUGAAACUAUUUGUUCUGAUAAUAAUAUACACAGUAGUAAUACAAUUAAUAAUCUUCUUCCACAUUCAACAAAUGACUUUAGAAUUAAAGAAGUUGAUCAACUUGUAAUAAACGAACCGAAUUCUCUAAAUACAGGAUAUAUUACUAAAUCAAGUUGUGAAAUAUUACUACAAGCCUUACAAUUUAUUCAUGAUUCUCAUUCACGUGAAAAUAAUGAACAACAGCAUAGAGUGAUAUUAAUAAAAAUAUAUAUUUUUGAUAUAAAUGAUAAUACACCAUCAUGGCAAGAGAAUAUUAUACAAAUCAGUGUACCAGAACAUACUUCAAUCGGUACUAGAAUACCCUUACCAACAGCUAAUGAUCCAGAUUGUGGACCUAUUAAUACAACUGUAAAUUAUUCACUACUUGAUGAGAAUGUAAAAUUUCAGUCUUCCGUUAUAAAUUCAGAAAAAACAUCUUCAAUGCAAAAUGUUUUCCAUUUAGAUGCAGAGCUUAUAUCAAAUCCAGAUAUGAAUUUAAACACUGUGUGGAAUUAUCAAGCAAUUACUUGUAAACCACGGAUUUUUCGUUUAUGGCUUCGUAUUACACAAGAUUUAGAUUGUGAUGAUGAUGAUAAUACCGAUGAAACUGAUACUUUGACUUCAUCGAAACUAUAUCAUCCUGAAAGUGUGAAAGUAAAACAAGCAAAGUUGACUUUAAUUGCAGUGGAUGGUGGUCAACCGGUUAGUUUGACAGGCACUGUAACAAUAAAUAUAACAGUUACAGAUAUUAAUGAUCAUGCUCCCGAGUUUAUCGACUCUGGUCGAUAUCACUCUAAAACUACAAGCGAAUCAUCUUUAGUUCACUUAUCACCUGUCUACUCAGAAAAUGGAGAAUUAUAUAUACAGCUUCCUGAAAAUACUCCAGCUGGACGAGUUAUAUAUAAAGCACAAGCGGUUGAUCGUGAUGAAUCAGAUAAGAAAAAGCUUAAAUACACACUAGGAACAUCAGCCGGUCUAGAUGUUAGGGACACAUUUAGAAUAGACCCGAAAUCAGGUGAAGUAAUUCUUUUACGUUCACCGGAUUAUGAGCAACACAGAAUACACAUUUUACCAAUCACAGUAACUGAUGGUAAACACUUGAUAACGCAAAAGCUGACUGUACGAAUUCAAAACAUAAAUGAUCACCCUCCUAUGAUUUCAGUUCGUCCAGUUAUUAAACAGAAAUCGAGUAAUUAUUCUUCAAGUUCAUCGAUACGUCCCGGAGUUCGCAACUUUAUUAAUGGUCGAACGAUUCUACUAUAUGUAACUGAACAUGAACCACCAGGCCAGUUAAUAGGAACUGUAACAGUAACUGAUUCUGAUGAAAUUGCUGACCCGAUUCUUGCUAAAUCAGACAAUUUGAUUGAGAAUAAUGCCCCAACUAUGAAUUAUCAAUAUCAAACAAUUGAUUCAGAUACACAUCUAAGCAUUAAUUGUCAGUUAAAUCAUAAUGGGUUAGUGUUGGAACCUUUGUUCAAAGGUGCUAAAAAUCAAUUUAAACUUCUUACUUAUGCUAGUUUCGACAGAGAACAACAAACAGAUCAGUUUGCUACACUAACAUGCUAUGAUUAUGGCCAACCACCAUUAUCUUCACAAGUUGGUUUACAUCUUAUUAUUGAAGAUAUCAAUGAUCAUGGUCCUCAGUUUAAACAAAGUAAAAUGAUUGCUCAUAUAAAAGAAAAUAGUCCAUCUGGAACAAAAAUUUACAAAAUUGAUGCACAUGAUCCAGAUAUUGGUCCAAAUGCUUUGUUAGGUUAUCGUUUAGAUGGACAACACAUGGAUAAUUUUAUGGUUGAUGAAAAAACGGGUACAGUAACUAGUUUACGACCAUUUGACAGAGAACAGAUAGAUCAUUUUAAUCUAUCUGUAAUUGUUUAUGAUCAGUCUGAAUGGGUUACACUAAAUAAUUAUAAUAAUGAUAAUAUUACAUCUCUAACAGAUAUAACUAUAAAAACAAAUACAAUUGAACUGUUUAAUCGUAAAGCACCAAAACAGCAUAUUGUACAUGGAACUCUUCAUGUUUUCAUUGACGAUGUAAAUGACUGUGUACCAACAUUUGAUAAUUCAUUAUAUCAAUUGACUGUAUCCGAAGAUGCUAAAAUUAAUCAUUUAAUUGGACAAAUUGAAGCAAAUGACAGUGAUGCAACCGAAAUUAAUAAUCAAAUACAUUACGUCAUUAAACCACAAAUAGAAGGUCAAGUAAUUCAUGAAUUUCGUGUAUCAACUAAGGGUUAUAUUUAUGUGGCACGUGGUAAUUUGGAUAGAGAAAAAAUACCAGCUUAUAAUUUCUACUUAGUUGCUAUGGAUUCUGGACUCCCUACAUUAUCAUCUUCGACACAGGUUCAUAUACAUUUGAUCGAUGUUAAUGAUAAUUCACCACAAUGGAUAUUUCCAGCGCAUAAUCAUCAGAUUAUAAAUUUAACCAUUAAUGAACCAGUCGGUUAUCGUGUAGCUCAAUUAAUUGCUGAGGAUCUAGAUGAAAAUGAGAAUGGUGAAGUUAUUUAUCGUCUUGUUCAAACUAGUUUUAUGUCUAAUAUGCCUAAUAUAGUAGAUAGGACAAUAAUGACCAGCCCAUCAACACGUUUAGAUAAUACUAUUAAUAGUAAUGUACAAAUUGUCCCAAAAACAGACAUGAGAUAUGUCCCAUCACAUAAUGUUGGUAACUUGUUUGAACUGGAUUCCAUAAGUGGUGCAAUUUAUGUUGGUCGAUCAAUGAACAUAGAUGAUGUUGGAUCGAUUAAAUUAGUAUUAGAAGCAAGUGAUCGUGGUCAUCCAGCUAAAGUUAAUCAUAGGGUUUUACAAAUUGAUAUUUUUCGUUAUUUAUCACAAGCAAGUGCCUAUUUAUUGAAUGAAAACGACGGUGACAAUGUUGGAGUUAGUGAACAUGAUAGACAGAAGAACACAGUUGUUGGACAUGGAACCUAUUUAGAAAAUGAUCUAAUUGUAAUUGUAAUUAUGGUCGCUGUAACACUGAUAAUAUCGUUAAUACUCAUAUUAGCUAUUUUAUUUCUACGCUGUGGUGCAUGUACUCAACGAAAUACAACACAAUGUGAACAAAAUAAUCCAAGAUUUUAUAGACAGAGCCUCAAUCAUACACAUCAUCUUGAAGAAGUUUUUAGAGAUUCGGGAAUGCUUGAAGUUGAUGGUUUGCUUUCACCAGGAGCUGAACAUUUAUUGGGUGAAGGCGGUUUAAAUACUUUUCCUUCACCAAAUCAUCUUCAUCACCCACCUCAAUCUACAGAUUCGGAUAAAAUGAUAAGAAGCUUUUUAUCAAAUGCAGAGAAAAAUCAGUGGAUGAUGGCUGCAGUGGAUCCGAAAAAGCCUGAUACAUUACGAUCCCAUAAACUGUUCAACUCAACACAUCCAUUUCAUCCUUCACCUACAAAAUUAAAUGACUUAUCUACUUUGAAACGAGCCAGUCAGACGGGAACAAUCUGUCGUUUAAAACCUGUUGAAGAACGCUUUCUUGAUACUGGAUCGACUAAAAAUUCUCCUGAUCAUGAAUUGAAAUUAUUGAUGGGAGCAUGUCCAACACUCAGGCAACAAAAUCAGACUUGUUCAACUUUUAAAGCAGGUUCUUCACAACUUUCAGAUCUACGUAUUAAUUCGCCAUCGUAUAGAGAUCCUGGUUCUAUUAGAAAUUUAACUUCACCCAAUGAAAUAACAGAAGAUAUAGAAAGUAUGGAUAGUGGUCAUGGAUGUAGUACCGAUACAGGAAUGAUAGAAAAUCAUUUCCCUAAUUCAAGACCUCAAAGUUCACUCAAUACUUUUCGUGUGAAUAAUGCAACAUUUCGUCAAAGCAUCUACUGAAUCAACGUUAAAACGUUUUGUUCAAAAGUAAUCUGUGACCACAUUUCAAAAACAGCACAUUCAUACGCAGUUGGAAACAAUACUUUUAUCACUCAAUAAUAUACCUAACUGAAAUGAAUAAUUCAUUUUUUGAGGACUUAGUACUUUGUUGCAUUAUUUCAAGUAACUUAUAAGGAUACCUUGCUUUACUCUUAAUCUCCAGCCUGUUAUUGUUCUCUUAAUGUUGAACAGUUAAAAAGUGCUCUAUCAUCAAGAAGCCCAGAAUUAUUACCCACUGAACAGGAUGAUCUUACGUUGAAAGUCAUGGCAUAUCGUAGACGAAGUGGAACAUUACCACUAUGUUCUAUCCCAGUAAAUAAUGAUAACAUUGAAGAUGAAGAUAGUAUACUACCUACACAUUUCUCAACUAAAUUAAAUUCUGCAAAAUCAUCUAAUGAUCUAUUAAAAACAGCUGAUGCAAAAUGCUGUCUUAAAUAUAAUGUCGAACAACAACAACCUAAGAAUCGUUUAUCUGUUUCAUGGUUAGAUACACAUUCAACCUGUAAUACUGGACAAAAUCACAUUUCUAAAACUGUCACUUCUGCAUGUGCUCCUGCGUCAAGUCCAGAAUGUUGUACUACUACUGUCAAUAUGAAUAAUAAUACAAAUGAAAUAUCUAAAUUUUUAAGUUCAUCUUUAGAAAAUAAUAAUACUACUAUUACUAAUACUACUACUAAUAAUAAUAAUAAUGAUAAUUCUAAAGAAGAAUCUCAUAAUGAUAUAUCUCAAUCUACUGAAGGUACAAUGAUAUUAUUUAGUCCAGUAGAUCCACUUGGUUAUGCUCAAUUAAUUCAUACUCAAUCAGAUGAACAAUUUAUAUCACCACAAAAUAUUUAUACAAAAUUUCCAACAAGUUUUGUAUAAUUAAAAAUAUGUAAAAUAAAUUUUUUUUCCCAGGAAAAAAAAGAUAAAAAUCAUAACAGUUUAACUUAUAGAAAGAAAAUGUUAUUUUAAAAUUUGGCAUUUUGUUUUCAUUUUAUGAUGAAUAUAUAUAUAUAUAUUACAGUACAAUACAAACAGAUAAUAUACAUCAUCUCUCACCAAAUAGGCCUUCAUUACUUGGUUAUUCUUUAAUUUUGUUUGUUCGUUUGUUCGUUUCAAAUUGGUCUCAUCUGUUACACUUCAUAUUGUUAUCCUUAACUCUUACUUCUAUUUGUUCUUUCUUUCUCUUUUUUUUGUUGCUUCUUCCCUGAUGAUGAUGAUGAUGAUGAUGGUGAGAUCCAUUAUCGUGAUAAAUAAUUAUAAAAUCAAUUCAUAUAUGCACAUUUUUAUGGAUCUGUAUUUAUUUAUAUAAAUAAUUUUAUGUUCUUAUUUCUAUAAUUUCAAGAUGUUUUUUCCCUUUUUUUCUUUUGGUUUUCUCCUAAAGUAAUUGAGUCUAUAAGUAUUUCUUAAUAGAAUGGUACAUAAAUAUGUGGAAUGUAGGUAAUCAUGUAUACAUAUAUGAUAUAAUGACUUUGUCGAAGCGAUUUGUACAGAAUAUUCCAAUGUCGACUACGAUUGAUUAAAGUUCAGUCAAAAUAUUAGAAAUGGAAUAAAUAAAAUUAUUAUAACUUAUAAUUAAUAUUGUGAUUUAUUACAAGAUUAACAUAAUAGAAUAUGAAACUAGUUUAAGAAAAUAGAUGACGAUUCCUAAUGACUAUUAUAUAACAAAAAUAACGAGAAAUUAAGUAAUGAAGUAAUUGCAUAGAAACGAUUAUUUGAUAUAAUCAUAAUGAUGAUUUGUGAAGGAAGUUUAAGAAGUACUUCAAGGAAUAAUACUCAAAGACCGUUACUUUGUACAAUUUUUAUUAUUAUUCUUGAUUCUCUAAAUUAAUGGACUCAAUAUCCUUAUUUUUAUGGUGAGAAUGUAAUGUUACGAUUAGUAAAUUCAAAUUGAUAAACAUAUUUAGCUUUAGACUUCAACCACAUUUCAGUUUGAUGGAAUGGUGGCAUUUGAUUGCAUUAGGCCUAAAGGUAGAUCUUAUUAGAAUUCAUUAUAAAGUCCUCAUAUUUUCUUUUAUUAUGAACUGUAGGAAAAAUGAACAUGCAAUGCAGACAGUCACCAAUUUGUUGGGACUAAAAUCUUCAAUUGAUCAAUUUCUAUUGCGUUGUGCGUUUCAUUAGUGAACAUCUAGGUACCGUUUUUUGAUUGCAAGUUUUCAAUAAGUGUGCGGUGUAGAUAACAGUGAAAUACAGAGUGUUACGUUCGUUAAGCUUGAAUGCUACUACUGAUUCGGCUUAUUCGGAGCGGAACGAAGGAUCAACGGUUCAGAUACUCGAUAGUCUAUUCUGGUCCG